GCUAGAGUCUUGGGCCUUUCAGGAGGCAGGGACAGCAGGCCUGGCCAUCUCAGAGGACUCUCUGUCCACAGUGUAAAUGAGGACACUGCUGGCCCAUGUCUGGCAGGGAUGUAGAGGGCAGCCUCAGAGGCACUGGGCACUCCCGGCACCAUGGAUGACGCUGCCGUCCUCAAGCGACGAGGCUACAUCAUGGGGAUAAACUUGGGAGAGGGCUCAUAUGCCAAAGUCAAAUCCGCUUACUCUGAGCGCCUGAAGUUCAACGUGGCGGUCAAGAUCAUCGAUCGCAAGAAAGCCCCCACGGACUUCCUAGAGAAAUUCCUUCCCCGGGAGAUUGAGAUUCUGGCCAUGCUAAACCACCGCUCUAUUGUCAAGACCUAUGAGAUCUUUGAGACAUCAGAUGGCAAGGUCUACAUUGUCAUGGAGCUUGGGGUACAGGGUGACCUCCUCGAAUUCAUCAAAACCAGAGGAGCCUUACAAGAGGAUGAUGCUCGAAAGAAGUUCCACCAGCUCUCCUCGGCCAUCAAGUACUGCCACGAUCUGGAUGUCGUCCACCGAGACCUCAAGUGCGAGAACCUUCUGCUCGACAAGGACUUCAACAUCAAGCUGUCUGACUUCGGCUUCUCCAAGCGCUGCCUGCGGGACGACAGUGGUCGGCUGACGUUAAGCAAGACCUUCUGUGGGUCAGCAGCUUAUGCGGCCCCUGAGGUGCUGCAGGGCAUCCCCUACCAGCCCAAGGUGUAUGACAUCUGGAGCCUGGGUGUGAUCCUCUACAUCAUGGUCUGUGGCUCCAUGCCCUACGAUGACUCCAACAUCAAAAAGAUGCUGCGCAUCCAGAAGGAGCAUCGUGUCAACUUUCCACGCUCUAAACACCUGACUGGUGAGUGCAAGGACCUCAUCUACCGAAUGUUACAGCCAGAUGUCAACCGGAGGCUGCACAUUGAUGAGAUCCUCAGUCACUGCUGGGUGCAGCCCAAGGCACGAGGUCUGUCCUCUGGAGCCAUCAACAAGGAGGGGGAAAGCUCCAGGGCCACUGAGCCAACAUGGACCCCUGAACCUGGUGCUGAUAAGAAGUCUGCCACCAAGUUGGAGCCUAGGGAAGAGGCACGACCCGAGGCCCAACCUGAGACAAAACUCCAGGAAGACACUGUGCAGGUGGCCAGGCAGUCAGAGAACCUGGGCCUCAGCAGUGAAGGGAGCAGGGAUAUAGAUGAAGGGCACCCCCAACAGACUCCAGAGACACAUACUUAGUGAGCCUCUUACAGCCCAGGGGGCCAGCAGGGAAUGAGGCAGAGCUCACGGCUUGAAGCCUGAGCCUAGAAGUCAAGGGACGAGAGAGAGAAGACAGUCCUGGAUGAGCUGCUAUUUUCGUCACUUUCUUCUCCCCCCCUUUGAACUUGGUAACUCACGUGGCUAAAGAAGCAAUAAAUAACUAUAUUGGUGCAGACCCUAA